AUGGGGAAGCUCGAGAAUGAAGAUACCCCUGAAGCGGUCCCGCUAACAAGACAACGGACUGCCUCAAUCGAAUCACACGCAUCAUCCGACUCCGGACUCUCGGUCGCCUCGGCCUCAUUCAUGGAAGCACACAAGCAAGAACUGUUGGCCGCGGCCGACAGGGAGGGGGACGACGAACGAUACCGCGAUAUCGAAGAUGGCGCCGAGCCCGGAUCCGACGAACCUUUCCUCUCUCGCAAUAAGAAACAAACUACAUCGAGCAAUCGUAUGCGUCGGGUCCUCUGGCUACUCGGCAUCCUCUGCAUCGGUGGCUGGGUCCUCGCAUUCGUGCUCUUCCUCGCUCAGAAAAGACCCGCGGCGUCCGCUCUGUCUUCUGUUUCUACGGUCUCCGUACACGAUCCGGAUUCCGCAACGGGUGGUACAAGCUACGGAAGGCCGGUGACAUUGGAGCAGGUUUUGACGGGACAAUGGGCCGCGCAGUCACAUGCUAUCUCGUGGAUUGCCGGUCCAAAUGGCGAGGAUGGUCUUCUAGUUGAGCGUGGGGAAAGUGGAGAUGGAUACCUACGUGUGGAGGACAUUCGCAGUCGCAAGGAUGGUAGUGGCAGUCUCAAGACCAGGGUGUUGAUGAAGAAGGGUCAUUUCACCGUGGACAAUGAUUUUGUUACCCCGUCGAAGACAUGGCCAAGUCCGAAUAUGGAGAAGGUUUUGGUCGCCUCCUCUCUGCAGUCUAACUGGCGACACUCAUUCUAUGGAAAAUACUGGAUCUUCGACGUUGCAACCCAAACAGCCGAGCCGUUGGACCCGAGUAACUUGAGCGACCGGGUGCAGCUGGCUGUUUGGUCGCCCCAGUCUGAUGCUGUUGUCUUCGUUCGUGAUAACAAUCUUUACUUGCGCAAGCUGUCCAGUUAUCAGGUGAUUCCGAUCACGAAGGAUGGAAAUAAAGAUCUCUUCUACGGUGUUCCGGAUUGGGUGUAUGAGGAAGAGGUUUUCUCGGGCAAUUCGGGAACCUGGUGGUCGCGUGACGGCAAGUUUCUUGCUUUCUUACGGACUGAGGAGGCUGAAGUUCCUGAAUUUCCUGUUCAGUAUUAUCUCUCUCGUCCUUCAGGCAAAAAGCCGCUUCCUGGACUUGAAAACUACCCGGAAGUUCGACAAAUCAAGUAUCCAAAGGCCGGCAGCCCGAACCCAGUGGUCCGCUUGGAGUUCUAUGAUGUGGAUCGAGCUGAGGUUUUUGGAGUUGACAUGCCAGAGGACUUCCAAGACCACGAUCGUAUCAUAAUCGAAGUUAUUUGGGCGUCCGAGGGCAAGGUGCUUAUCCGAGAGACCAACCGUGAGAGUGACGUGGUGAAGAUCUUCUUGGUAGACACCAAGGCACGAACAGGAAAGGUUGUUCGUUCAGAAGAUGUUGCCGCUCUUGACGGGGGCUGGGUCGAGCCCUCACAGUCCACACGUUUCAUCCCUGCUGACCCUGCAAAUGGCCGGCCGCAAGACGGAUAUAUUGAUACUGUGAUCCAUGAAGGCUAUGACCAUCUAGCCUACUUCUCACCUCUAGAUAGUACCGAACCUACAAUGCUCACAAAGGGAGACUGGGAGGUGGUGGCGGCACCAUCCGCCGUCGACUUGAAGAGGAAUAUUGUGUACUUCAUCGCGGCAAAGGAGGCACCAACCCAGCGUCAUGUUUACCAAGUGAAACUGGAUGGAUCUGAUCUUCGUCCAUUGACCGAUACAUCCAAAGCGGGAUACUAUGAGAUCUCUUUCUCUGAGGGCUCUGGAUACGCUCUCCUCAGCUCCAAGGGACCCGCAGUGCCAUGGCAAGCUAUUAUAAACACCCUGGGAGACAAACUCGAAUACGAGACUGUGAUUGAAGAAAACACCAAACUUACUCAGAUGGUUGAAGACUAUGCGCUCCCAGCAGAAAUCUAUACCAAUGUGACCAUAGACGGUUACACCCUCCAAGUCGUCGAACGCCGUCCCCCGCAUUUCAAUCCGGCCAAGAAGUACCCUGUUCUUUUCUACCUAUACGGUGGCCCCGGCUCUCAAUACGUGGACCGCAAGUUCACUGUCGAUUUUCAGUCCUACGUCGCCUCCAGCCUGGGAUACAUUGUGGUUACUGUAGAUGGCCGAGGAACGGGAUUGAUUGGACGCAAAGCGCGGUGCAUUGUCCGCGGCAACCUUGGCCAUUAUGAAGCUCACGAUCAGAUCGAAGCCGCUAAGAUCUACGCAGCCAAAGACUACGUGGACGAAACCCGCAUGGCAAUCUGGGGUUGGAGUUUCGGUGGCUUCAUGACUCUCAAGGUUCUUGAGCAGGAUGCAGGCCAAACAUUCCAGUAUGGCAUGGCCGUAGCACCCGUGACUAACUGGAUGUACUAUGAUUCGAUCUACACCGAACGCUACAUGCACACACCUCAGCACAAUCCAUCAGGCUACGCGAACUCAUCCAUCACUGAUGUCCAGUCCCUGGGCGAAAACGUGCGAUUCCUGAUCAUGCAUGGUAAUUCGGACGACAACGUCCAUCUGCAAAACACUCUCACUCUCAUCGACAAGCUGGACUUGGCGAAUAUCGACAAUUACGACAUGCAGAUCUACCCCGACUCCGACCACAGCAUUGUCUUCCACAAUGGGCAUACUAUGGUCUAUGAACGCCUUUCUAGCUGGCUCAUUAAUGCGUUCAAUGGCGAGUGGCAUCGCAUUGCGAACCCGAAGCCGGAAGAGGAUUCGGUAUGGAACAAAGCCAAGCGCUCACUGUCAUCUGGUUUCUUUGCUUGGGGAUCUAAGCUGUAG